AUGCACAAACCCAGAGGAGGCAAGGAGAAGGAGGCAAGGAGAAGGAGGCAAGGAGAAGGAGGCAAGGAGAAGGAGGCAAGGAGAAGGAGGCAAGGAGAAGGAGGCAAGGAGAAGGAGGCAAGGAGAAGGAGGCAAGGAGAAGGAGGCAAGGAGAAGGAGGCAAGGAGAAGGAGGCAAGGAGAAGGAGGCAAGGAGAAGGAGGCAAGGAGAAGGAGGCAAGGAGAAGGAGGCAAGGAGAAGGAGGCAAGGAGAAGGAGGCAAGGAGAAGGAGGCAAGGAGAAGGAGGCAAGGAGAAGGAGGCAAGGAGAAGGAGGCAAGGAGAAGAAGGCAAGGAGAAGAAGGCAAGGAGAAGAAGGCAAGGAGAAGAAGGCAAGGAGAAGAAGGCAAGGAGAAGAAGGCAAGGAGAAGAAGGCAAGGAGAAGAAGGCAAGGAGAAGAAGGCAAGGAGAAGAAGGCAAGGAGAAGAAGGCAAGGAGAAGAAGGCAAGGAGAAGAAGGCAAGGAGAAGAAGGCAAGGAGAAGAAGGCAAGGAGAAGAAGGCAAGGAGAAGAAGGCAAGGAGAAGAAGGCAAGGAGAAGAAGGCAAGGAGAAGAAGGCAAGGAGAAGAAGGCAAGGAGAAGAAGGCAAGGAGAAGAAGGCAAGGAGAAGAAGGCAAGGAGAAGAAGGCAAGGAGAAGAAGGCAAGGAGAAGAAGGCAAGGAGAAGAAGGCAAGGAGAAGAAGGCAAGGAGAAGAAGGCAAGGAGAAGAAGGCAAGGAGAAGAAGGCAAGGAGAAGAAGGCAAGGAGAAGAAGGCAAGGAGAAGAAGGCAAGGAGAAGAAGGCAAGGAGAAGAAGGCAAGGAGAAGAAGGCAAGGAGAAGAAGGCAAGGAGAAGAAGGCAAGGAGAAGAAGGCAAGGAGAAGAAGGCAAGGAGAAGAAGGCAAGGAGAAGAAGGCAAGGAGAAGAAGGCAAGGAGAAGAAGGCAAGGAGAAGAAGGCAAGGAGAAGAAGGCAAGGAGAAGAAGGCAAGGAGAAGAAGGCAAGGAGAAGAAGGCAAGGAGAAGAAGGCAAGGAGAAGAAGGCAAGGAGAAGAAGGCAAGGAGAAGAAGGCAAUGAGAAGGCAAGGAGAAGAAGGCAAUGAGAAGGCAAGGAGAAGAAGGCAAUGA